AUGAUCCGCCAAACACGACCACACCUUUUCCUUCCCCUUGAAUUCCUUCCACAGUCUUGGGCUCAAGUCUUUUUGGUCAACAUGUACGCCGAAACUGUUCCACCACCCGUUCCCCAAGAUCCUUAUUCGCAAGAGUACAACGAUGCUCCUCCUCCACCACCUGCUGAUAGAGAGAGAGAAGCUCCUCCAGCACGGGGUCGUUCACGCAGUCGAAGCCCACCUCGUGAAAACGGCUAUCCUAGCCCUUACCGUCGAAGGUCGCCACCUCCCCCUGUUUCUGCUCCUCGAAGACCUGCCCAUGCACCUGUUGCCCCGAACCCUUCCUCAGUACUUGGAGUUUUCGGUCUCAGUAUCAGAACACAAGAACGGGAUCUGGAUGACGAGUUCAGUCGGUUCGGUCACGUUGAAAAAGUGACUAUCGUUUAUGAUCAAAGGUCCGACCGUUCCAGAGGUUUUGGUUUCAUCCGAAUGUCAACCGUUGAAGAGGCCACACGUUGCAUCCAGGAGCUCAACGGAAUCGAGCUUAAUGGCCGUAGGAUUCGUGUCGACUUCUCUGUCACUGACCGGCCUCACCAACCCACUCCUGGUGAAUACAUGGGACAUCGUCGAACUCACCGUGAUAGUCAUGGUGGUCGUGAUCGUGAUCGCGACAGAGACUACCGCGACAGGGAUCGUGACUACCCACGCAGGGACAGGGACAGGGAUCCUUAUGGAAGGGACAGCCGAGACUGGAGGGACCGUCGAAGUCCACCGCCUCGGAGUAGGUACUCGCCUGAAUACCGCCGCCGGCGCAGCUAUUCUCGCAGCCCACCGAGGGGAAGCAGCCCACCUCGAAGGGACUACGACGUACCUCCCGCGGACACCCGCUGGUGAAAAGGUGAAAGAGGAAAAAUUUCGCAUGCGACGUGAUUGCAAUUUCCUCUCACAAGUGCUGCAAACGUUCAAAGGGUCCAAGGCAAGGGUCAAAUGUAGAAGAGGUCAUUGCGACGUCAAUAUGCAAUAUUCGUACUACAAAAGAGAAGAUUCUCGUUCAAGUAUCAAGUUUCAAGUUUUUGCCUGUCAAGUUGUGUCUAGUUAUCGUUCCCGUUCUCGCUGUCAAAUGAUUUAUUGCAAGUUUACAACUUUUUUUUACUUGAUAAACGAGCGGACCAAAAUUGCAACUUAACGGCAUGAAACGUGUCUGAUCCAAGCUGUACACGCUGUGGCUUGGUCUACGAGGACAAUGUGUGGGAUCCGCAAAGAUGGUGGUGGUGGCGUCAUGUCAGUUGGCUUUUUUGGGGGCGGCUAUCAUUGUUUUAUGUAUUGGUGACUGUUGCUCACCUUGACCGUCCGCCUGGAGUGUCUUGUAAUUAGUUUUCGGUUCGCAAUGCAGGG